CGGGCGGGCGCGCGCGGCCAUCUUGUGUGUGGCAGAGAAAUGUCGGGACAUGUGCUUUGCGCAGCGGUGCAUGAUGGGAAGAUGUCAGCCUCCACCCUGUUGGCAUUGUGAGUCCGGAUUGGAGAUUGCCCAGCGUGCCGGGAUAUCGUCCUGCAGCACAGCACUGGAUUAUGGGAUGAAACAGAACUUCCUGUGGAAUAAAGUGCCAUUCUGGGAAUAAGCUGAACCAUAAGAUUUUCCUUUGUUACCACUGAGGUAUAUAUUUAUUGACAUGAAGAUUUUCUGUGGUCGAGUAAACCCCACCACGGGGGCUGUUGAUUGGGUGGAAGAAGAUGAACAUUAUGACUACCAUCAGGAGAUUGCCAGAUCAUCAUAUGCUGACAUGCUACAUGAUAAAGACCGGAACCAGAAAUACUAUCAGGGGAUCCGCUUAGCAGUACAGAGAGUAAAGGAACGAGGUGAAGAAGCCAUUGUUCUAGAUAUUGGAACAGGCACUGGUCUUCUUUCAAUGAUGGCUUUAACAGCCGGCGCAGAUUUCUGCUAUGCCAUUGAGGUUUUCAAGCCAAUGGCAGAGGCUGCAGUAAGGAUUGUUCAGACCAAUAGCUUCGGGGACAAGAUACAAGUCAUCAAUAAGCAUUCUACCGAGGUGACCGUGGGGCCAGAUGGAGACAUGAAACACAAAGCCAACAUCCUCAUCACUGAGCUGUUUGAUACGGAGCUUAUUGGAGAAGGAGCUUUGCCAAGCUACGAACAUGCGCAGCAUAAUCUCAUGCAGGAUCACUGGGAGGCUGUCCCUCACAGGGCCACAGUUUAUGCUCAGCUUGUGGAAUCUCGGAGGCUGUGGAGCUGGAACAAGCUAUUCCCCCUAAAGUUGGAUUCUAUGGAGAUCCGCCCCCCACCGGAGAUGGAGAACUGCCCAGGAGCCCCCUCUGUGUGUGACGUUCAACUCAGCCAGCUGAGCCUCAAUGACUUCACCAAACUUACUGACAGUCUUUGCGUCUUCCGGGUCGAUUUUAGUCAGCAGAUCAGUAGCUCUACAGUGUCUCACCCUGUACAUUUCGAACCCAUCACCGACGGCACUGCCCAGGUGGUCCUCUCGUGGUGGGACAUUGACAUGGACCCAGAAGGAACAAUAACCUGCACUAUGAAACCCAGUUGGACAUAUCCUGCUACACAACCCGCCCCUUGGAGAGAUCACUGGAUGCAAUGUGUGUAUUUUCUGCCAGAGGAAAAGCCUGUGACACAACAUGAAAAGCUUUGCUUAACUGCUCAUCAGGACGACUACUGUGUGUGGUACACCCUAACAAAACCCAGCAGUGUGGUGGAGCACACCCAGUUGUCGAUUGAACGUCCUGCAUGUAGCUGCGGAGCACAUAUUACAUGGAACCGGUCCAGAUUUGGGGAGCUGAAUGACAGACAGAGAAUGGGACUGUACAUGCAGGCGCUAAGACAGGUGUUGACCCCGAGCAGCGUGUGUCUGUGCGUGAGCGAUGGAAGUUUGCUCCCGUUUCUAGCGCACUCUGUUGGAGCUGCUCAGAUUUACACUUUAGAAUCUUCCUCCAUGUCGCAGCAUCUGAUGGAGAAGCUUUUCCAGGCCAAUCAAAUUGAAAAUAAAAUUGGAGUUCUACGGAAAUCUGCGGAUAGUCUCACAGCUGCUGACCUCCAAGACCGGAAGAUCUCUGCUUUAAUUGGAGAACCUUUCUUCACCACAAGCCUUCUGCCCUGGCACAACCUGUAUUUUUGGUACUCCCGCACGGCCCUAUCGGACAACCUUGCUAAGGACUUCACAGUGUUUCCCCUCCAUGCCUCUCUCUAUGUCUUGGCCGUAGAAUUCAAGGAUCUGUGGAGGAUCAGAAGUCCUUGUGGGAUCUGCGAGGGGUUCGAUGUCGGCAUUAUGGACGAUAUGAUCAAGAAUUCUCUAAACUUUCGGGAAUCACAGGAGGCUGAGCCCCAUCCACUUUGGGAGUAUCCUUGCAGAGCCCUCUCCGAACCAACGAAACUUAUGACCUUUGACUUCCGAGAACCUGUCCCUGCUGAUGAAAUGAGGUCUGAGGGUUCACUGAACCUGGUGAGAUCUGGUGAGUCUCAUGGAAUGGUUCUUUGGAUGGAAUAUCAGCUUACAGAAGAUAUCUCGGUCAGUACUGGACUGCUUCAGGUUUCGGAGGAGAGGGGUAAUUGCCUCUGGUACCCGCACAGCAAACAAGGCGUUUAUUUCUUCAGUUCCGUUCUGGACCCCACGUUGGCUUCUACGCAAUCCUUCGCCUCCGUCACUUACUUACUGACUUUUAAUCCCAAACUGGGGGAGAUCCGCAUGAACUUCACACCCAUCUCUUAACAGUACAAUACAUUGGUUCGGAUGCAUUAUAUUGUACAUUUAUUUUGGUGUCGGCCUACAGCCUACCCUUCCUAAAGGCAUCUGUCAAGUCUGAUCAAAAAGUUGCAUACACAGCACUGCGUCAUAUGAAAUGUGAAUAAUAUUUCUUUAAAACCCUGCUUUUAUUCUUAAGACUUUUAUCCUAUUUUUUUUCCUUGACUUUAUUUUGUAUUACUUGUCCAUAUGCUUAGAACACAGCAUGCAUUUCACUUUCUUUUUCUGAUUGGAUACUUUUUUUGUAUCCCUUUAAAAAUCAUAGUUUUAUUGUUUUUAAUUGCAAAAAAUGUCCUUGAGUCUUGAAGGGUUGGUAUAGAAGCAUUGUACAUUAUAUGGCAUUUGCAUGGAUCAUUCAGCAAUGUAAAGCAACAGUUCCUCAUUUUAACAGCCAUCAAUAAAAACCCACACAUUUUCCAAACCUUU